AAUGACUCAUAACGGCGCGAAAAGUUGUUGUUAUGGUUAAACGUUAGAAAGAACGAAUGUUUCUCUCCGGCGAAUGAAAUAUUGCAUACUUAAUUUAUUGUAUUAAAGAAAAGGAAAAUGAGUGCAAAACUCGACGGUUUACUCAGUCAAAAAAACCAAGAGCAAUUGCACAAAUUCGUGCAAGAGACAUCAACCGAUGAGUUUGUAAAAAUAAUAUCUAACAGGAUUUGUGAUCCAGACAUUUCCAAGCUACUGGAUGAGAUCUUACAAGUAUGUUCAGAAUCUGAAAAUUUGUAUUCAAAGAGACUUAAAUUAGUAGAGUCCACCUUGAAAGCUUUGGCUAAAGCUAAACUCUCAAUUAGUCAUGUGAAUGACAUUGUCAAUAGAAUAGUAAUUGAUUUCCCUAAUUAUCCAAAACUACAUCUACUUAAAUUGGUGGAAUUUUGUCUGGUUAGCAUCCGCAAUAAUGAUGAUGAUUUCAGAAGUUGGAAAGAUCUACUGCCUGUUCUUCUGGAAGUGCUGGAGGAAGAGAAAUAUAUUAAUUAUAUGAAUGGAGAAGUUUCUGGAUCUAAGUACAAAUCUCUCAUUAUCAACAACAUAUGUAACAGUGAAUGGAAUACAGAAAUCAUGCCUUCGUUGGCAAUGAUGUUCAGAGAUAUGUCUUUAGAAAAAGAAGAUCAUGCCUUGGUGAUCAAUGUGCUAUGCACAAGAUUACAAAACAUACCUCUUGAAGAGUUGCCUCCUUUUGUGCAUCAGGCAUUAAGACUCUGUAAUAAUCAGGAUAGUAAGUAUCUCUUAGAGGCACUGCGUAGGUACUUUACACUACGCUUUUCUCAGGCUAAUUCCGAUGAUACAGAUACCUUCGAGACUAUUGAUACUAUAAGUGUUAAGGAAAUUCAAGAUAUUGAAAGUACAGUGUUAUAUCACAUAUAUCAAGCAGCACAAUUAAAUCAUCAGCAUAUAAGGGACUACAUUCGCUACUCUAAAAAUGUAUUGAAUGCUCCUGAAGCUAUAUUGGAGCCCUUUAUGUUUUCGGUGUUGCUCACAGUUGCUUCUGUCUGUGAAGAUCAGGUUUUCGAAAUACUGCAUGCAAUUAUGAGCAAACGGAAUGAGAACGACAAUAGACGGAAGAACAGCGUGUGGUUGAGAAAAUUGAUCCCCGAUUCCUGCAGUAUAAUGACUGUGAUGGUAAACAUCAUAGAUGCCAGUGAGAAGGAUCGGCAUUUAGUACUGAAAGGGCUCGUAGAUCUCGCAUUCGUUCUUAUGGCUACAGAACAGAAAUCGAAAACAAACGCGCAUCCUUUGUGUCAAAUUGGUGUAAAAGUACUCCAGAGGAUUAUGAGGAAACAUCAUGAAACUGUCGCAACUGUGCUCCAAACGCUGAUCGAUAAAAUUAUCGCAGGUGGAUUAUAUAUUUCUCAAUACACUGAUUGUUUAACGUACAUGUGCCGCAAAUUGCCGAUUCUCGUAUUGGAACAGAAGGAUUCCGUAAUAAACUUCCUCAAUCAAAUCUCGUCUGUGCCCGGAGAGGUUUCCAUCUUCAUUAUUUCUGCGAUAUUUCCAUUGAUAAACGCUUCAGCCGAUAUCAGAGAACAAGCAGUCUUAACAUUAAGGAUGACUCUCUAUAGAAAGGGUACGUUUAAUCGGCAAAUGGCGAUUAGCGGCCUGUUGGAAAUGUUGAAGAACUUGAAGAAUCAUUCGUUGAGCGGCCCCGCGUUGAGCUCGAGCCAGUGUGUUACUUCAACGUCGAUCAGCGGGAGUUCUAUCUUGACCCAGGUGACAUUAGAAAGAGGAUCACAAGCAGUGAGAUCUAAGACGGGAUAUAAUAGAAGUUUAGCUUACGACCUGUUGGGCAUUUUGCGAAAAUGUUUCACUCACGAAUAUGAAGUCCGAUUACACUUGUAUAAUAGUUUGUACGACGUUGUGUCAAAAAACGUCGACGCCGCGGAAUACAUAUUGGAGAUGUUAUUGCCGCACUUUAGAUUAUACUUCGAAGACGACGAAAACGUUGUACUGCCCAUUAAGCUAGAACUGUGCACAACUAUGCAUGGGGAACAAGCUAUUUCGCAGGAACCUCUGGCGGAACUGAUAUUUGUGUUACAAAAGAUCUACAUCAAAGCAGCCCUGCUGAAAUCGUCUCUUGUAGACGAGCUGGCUGUUAUCUUAGAGUCUCUCUGCAGACGAAUGCCACGAGUCGAUACGGAACAUUUAAAUCUGGAUGACAAUCUCGACUUAAACAAUUCCAGUGUUAAGUCGCAGGAAAAAUUGCAGAACGUUCUAACGACGAUCAAGAUUUAUGAGGCUCUUAUAUCCUUCAGAAUCGGCGCGUGGUCUGUGAAUUGCACAGAGACCGCGCAAAGUGUCAAGAAUCUGUUCAAAGGAUACAUGAACUUGGUCGAAUUUAUGAAGCGUGUACCAAAAGCCAAGAAAGGUCAAGGCAAAAAUAAGAAACAAAACGAUCCGAAUAAUACGACCAUAAAGAAAGCUGGCCGAUCGAGUAACAUAAAGCUACCGACUAGUAUUUUAGAUUUGUCUAUAGUGUGCAAAAGUUUGUCACUUUUUUACUUGAAAUCCGUUCCUUGGGCAAAUGCGGAUCAAGUAGUCGCGUUAAUAGAUUAUUAUGAUUUUUAUCACUACAUACUGCGAACGCUGCUGCAAAUCUUGCAAAACGUCAAAACCUUAACGGAAUACAAUUUACGGAAGCACAAAGAUCAAAACAUGAGAAUUUACUGCAAAAUUGGAAAAUUACUAUACGAUCACAUUAUAUUGGAUUUCAAGAAAGUACUCGAUAUGGAUGAACAAGGAAGUAUUCUAGCGCUGGAAUGUUUCAAAGAGUUAUGUUGCCUGAUCUGCACCACUUUCUCUACCGAAUUACCGCGUUUUCUUAAUGAUAUUGUUCCUGACGACCAAAAUCAAUCGGAUAAUCUUAACGCACAAUUAGUGGUCAUGAUUUCCGCUUUAAGAACAAGCUUCAGAACGUUCUUCGGCGAGAAGGAGGAGCACGAGGAAAAUUCCAAGAAGAUAUUCUGCACGCUGCUAGAUAUUAUUCGUCAGUUGACGCAAGAAAUUAAUUUUUAUGAGACACACGACGACAAAAUAUUCGAGUCGAUAAUGGAGUUCACACAACUGGAGGGUAUGGAUUCUCAAUCCUCCUUAAUUAUUUUUCAAAUCUUAUUAUGGAUAGAAGAGCGUAAUGAAGAGUACGGCGAAUUAUUAAUCGAUAUCACUCUUUCGCUAUGCGAGAAAGUGGGCAGCGUCGAUAAGACUGAGAUACCGGAGAAUAAUAAAUUCAAGAUUGUGCAUGAAGACACAGCGUUGCAGCUUUAUAAUUUGGCGAAUAACUCAGUGAAAGAAAAAUUAGAGAACGUGUCAUGGCUAUUGGUGCGACUUAAAGCCGAACAGAGCAUAGCUUGUCCACCUGGUGCGGAUUUAGAAGCACAUCAAGAAAAGCUGAGAACGCAGGAACGUAGUCUGUGCAGACAGUUGACGCAUAUUAUACAGAUACUAUAUACCUUAGCCGAUGUUGCUAUUAAACCAGGACCAUCGACAGACUUUAUGUUCAAGAAUUUACAACACCUAUACAAUAUGCUUAGCAAUCUUACCAAAUAUUUCUACACGAAGUCCAGUAAACAGAACGCAGCAUUUCAAUCAGUCAAAUUUAUUCAAGUAAUUCAGUCGGCCGGGAAACCAUUGAAAUCCGCAUUUUACAAUUUAAUAACACAUACUGAGGAAAAUCAAAAAGGAAAGCCGAAAGCUGAUUCACAUGUACAAAGGAAUAAAGUUUUAAAAGAGACCAAAAUCAUACCAAAAGUGGUAUACGAGAUUGAACAAUUCCAUAAGGAGAUUCUAUUACUCGAGAAGAAGACUGGCGUGCCACUCGAAACUUAUAUAAAACACAGCAUAACACGAGAUUUCCGUAUAAAAAACACGCAAUUAUCAGAAGCAUUGGAGAAAAUGGAUAUAAGCCUGCUUGAAACGCAGAAUAGUCACCGCGAUAAUGCAAAUACAUCCAAAGCAGAUCUGGAUGUGUCUAUAGCAUCAUCCACAUCAUCCACAAGACCGACACCAUUAAAACGACGUAAAAGAUCAGACCCUUAAAAUUGUAUAACUACAGCUCUUAUAAAUUAUGUAUUUUUACUACCUCAAAUUACCUUAAAGUCCUUUGUACUUCGCCGGCCAUGUCGGAUUUGUGACGUCAGAAACGAGGGAUAAAAUAUACUGACAAAAGUUGCGUAUCAUUUCUGAAUAAAGAUAAAUAAUGACGAAAGAGAUAUUUGAGAUUAUUUGAGCAUAUUUGUAAAAUUGUCCCAAAGAUAUCCCUUUCCUUUGAUAAUCAAUAAAUAGAUAUAUAAUAAAUAAUGAAAUAAGAUAUGUGACAUAAAAUAAAUCUGUUUUGUCUGCAUGCUUUAUUUCACUAUUUAUUAUAUACUAUUUAUUAUCACUGUUUAUUACACAUUUGUUAUACUGACUAUUUACUGGUCGUCAGAGGAAAGGAACAGUUUUCAGAAAAUUUUACAAGUGUGUGCUCAAACGAUUUUAAGUUACUCUUUCGUCCGUAUUUGUCUUUAUUUAGAAAUGUCACACGACUUUUAUCAGUGUCAUUCCUCGCUUCUGAUGUCACAAAUCUAACAUGACCGCGACGAAGUAUAACGAGUUUUAACACAAUAUAUAAGUCCAUUGUUCUUUUCUAUUUUUUUAAAUAAAUUUUUUAUACAGGCUUAAUAAAAUACAUACUAAAAUCUCAUUGGUAAUUUUGCAUAUUAUAUAUAAAAAUUUGCAUUUUAUUAUAUAUAAACAUACUAUUCUUACAAUGACGUGUUUGUCAAUCACACUUCGAUCAUUACAUAUUAAUAAUAUUAGUAAUUGUUUUAUUAUAUCUUCUAAAUAUAAAUUAUCCAUGUUAUCUUACAAAAUAAAACAACUGUAAUUUUAAA